AGAGGUUUGCGCAUGCACACAAAGAUUAGUCGCACCUAUGUAUCAUCAGUUCAGAACUAGUUCAACUGGGACUGCUGAUUUUUCACAAACUUCUUGUCGACAUUUUAUGAAACUUGCUCCUUUGUCUGACCGAAAUCGAUUCCAAGAUGCAACUGUCCAGUCUGACAUGGCUCGUGGUAAUAAUUUGUCUCGGAUUAACCGACUGUAUGCGGGCGCAAAGUGCGGAAUUCUGGAACAACCAGGCCCAGGACACACUGCAGAAAGCCCUGAGCAGGGAAGCCAGCCUGAACCGCAACGUGGCCAAGAACAUCGUGUUCUUCGUGGGAGACGGCAUGGGUGUCUCCACCGUGACGGGGGCCCGGAUCUUCAAAGGGCAGCAGGAGGGCAUGACCGGGGAGGAGACGGUGUUGGCGUGGGAGAAAUUCCCCAGCGUCGCCCUCUCGAAGACCUACAACACUAACCGGCAAGUACCGGACUCGGCCGGCACGGCCACAGCGUAUUUUUGCGGCGUCAAGACCAAGGAGGAUAUGAUAGGAGUGGACGAUUCGGCCGUAGUGGGCGACUGCCGGUCCAGCCUGAACGCUGCAGUAGAUUCGGUUAUGAUGGAUGCCGAAAAAGAAGGCAAGGCAACAGGGUUUGUGACCACAGCUCGCGUGACUCACGCCACUCCUGCCUGUUUGUACGCGCACUCGCCGCACCGUGGCUGGGAGAGCAACGCCUACAUACCGGAGAAGGAGGCUGCGUUGGGAUGCACCGAUAUCGCCCAUCAACUUGUCACGUUGGGGAAUAACACCAAGGUUAUCAUGGGUGGAGGUCGACGAAAGAUGACUCCUAACAACUUCAGUGACUACGAAUAUCCACAACUGAAAGGUGAAAGGACAGACGGAAGGAAUCUAAUAGAAGAAUGGCAAGCCGCUAAAGACACGCAAACGAGUCUCUUCGUGUGGAACCUGGAAGAGUUUAAAAAAGUGGAACCUGAGAAGACAGAGUUUCUUCUUGGUCUGUUUGAGCCCAGUCACAUGCAGUACGAAGCUGAACGGAAAGACGAACCGUCUAUCGCUGAGAUGACAGAAAAGGCCAUCCGGAUCCUACAGAAAGACAAAGACGGUUUUUUCUUAAUGGUUGAAGGCGGUCGUAUAGACCAAGCUCACCAUAACGGCUUCGCAGGCUACGCAUUCGAAGAGACAGUAGCCUUUGAAGCUGCAGUUGCCAAGGCAAUGGAAAUGACCAAUGAGGAAGACACGCUGGUGAUUGUCACAGCUGAUCAUAGUCACGUGAUGACCAUUGGCGGCUACCCGAGCCGGGGCAACCCUAUUUUAGGUUUGUACGACUUGGGAGUCGGUGAUGACGAUCUCCCAUUCACCACGAUCAGCUACGCCAAUGGACCGGGAGGUACUGCCGAGCAAAUCAGCUACAAUCUUACGGGUUCAAGACGCAACCUCACUGGCACAGACACAGAAACUCCGCGGUUCAUUCAACCGGCCAUUGUCCCCCUGGGUCGCGAGACUCACGGUGGAGAGGACGUAGCUAUCUACGCCAACGGGCCAAUGUCGCACCUCUUCCACGGUGUCCAUGAGCAGAACUACAUGGCGCACGUGGUGCGCUACGCCGCCUGUCUUGGGGACAAGAAACACUGCGAGGACUACGUGAAUCCCUGUCAGAAGGGCGGAGCCACCCCCAUUUUUACCGGUGGCAUUGUAGUGGUUACGAUGUGUAGCUGUAUUUGCUCGGCCCUUCUUUCAAUUGAAUAAAAUGUCAGGGGAUACUGACUUCAAAUUUGACGACACUUUUAUUGAUUUUUAUUCAGUUAAAACAACUGCUUAUAAAUUGCCUGUAUUUUGGCUGUUUUUUAACACUUUCAAUGAAUUUUUAAUAAUGCCGAUUAAUCAGAGAAAGCAUCAACAGCGUAAAACAAAAUGGCAAAUGUUGCAUUUCACAGAGUUGAAAAAAGCAAAAGUAAGGAUACGAGGAAUAUAUUUCUCUGUUAAAAGGACUUAUCAACUCCCGUGCCGCGCCAACUUGCCCGGCUUGGUGUUGGAGGUUUGGACGACGGUACAAAGUCAUCAUAAAUAUCAGUAGUUAAAAUCUCCAGCAAAUUUUAUAUCAUUGGCUUCGUUUAGUGGUACAUGUAAGUCGUUUUUGAAAGGCGGCAGCUAGAGGACCUGUUAGCUCGAUCUGAUAAAGGCUGCAAAACAUGUCAUUUACCGACACGAAACGUUAGAGUGUACAACUCCUACUUUAAUACGAAGUUGUUUAGGUUUUCAGUACCUUACAGCGUCCACUUCUGUCCAAAAGGCCAACCUGAAAAUGGCUUGUUGUCUUUAUAUUUGAUGUUUAUGAAAAAGCCCCACACUGAAAUGUAAACAAACUACUGUUAUCAGUCCACUUUUGUUACAAAGCUACAAUUUGUCAUUCUCCCUGUAUGAAAUUUAUCACUGGUGAAUCCAAAGUUCAGGUUGCUUUGAAUGUUACGGCGUCAAAUUGUGUACUUGAUAUACAUAUUUUUUUCUUGGUAAUGUAAUUUAAUGGCAAAGGUUAGGAAACUGCAGAGAGGCUAUACAGCUUACCUAAAGGUCGCUUCAUUUUGUGAUGUCGUUAUCCGAUUUCAGCAUAGAAUGGGGAAAUGAACAUCCUGUUGCAUUUCAAGUGUUGUUUAGAUAUUGUUUUUGCUCUUAUGAAAUUGAGACAAUUUUUAAUGAUUUUUAUGAACUUUAAAUUAAAUCUGCUUUUUAAACCUUCUUUUAUAAUAGUAAAUAAAUAUAAUAGUCUAGUUUAA